AUUUUCCAAAUGUUUUCAUUAAAACUUUUUAUGUUAAGUUUUUUAUUAUUUUCAUCAAUUUUGUACACAAAAGCAAAAACGAGUAAAAAAGUAAAACAUAUACAAUGGAUACUAAAGUAUUCGGGAUGGAAACAUUUGAACGAUGUAAAAUCUAUAUCAUAUUACCAAAAAAAAUUUGAUUUGCAUAGUUUAUUUGAAAUACCUAAAACUUACCUUGAAUGUGAUAAAAAAAUACGAAAUAUGACUAUAUAUCUUGCAUGUACGUACGCAAAAGUUUUAAAAAAUUUCUCUUCAGUUAUUAUUCACACCCAAAAAAUCUGUAAAAAUAAAUUUCAGGAAAAAGACAUAAUAAGUGGAUGCAUUUGUACCGAAGAACUAGUAAACAUGAUAUCAAUUUUCAUUGUUCCGAUGAUAACAUUAAUGAAAAGUGCCAUUGAUGCUUUAGAUUUAUUACACAAGAAACCAUGGGUUACUGGUGAUAGAAAUAACUUAAUAAUAAGUAUUUUAUUAGAGAUUAUUCCAAAUAUUAUUGACAAAUUUAACAAACAAACUUUAUCACGUAAUGAAAUGUCUACAUAUUAUCAGACAUUAAAAAUUGUAAAAUCAUAUUUUAAAACAAUAAUAAUAAGAAAUGUAAACGAAGGAAGAAAUGUGCAUUGUGAAUAUGUACCUUAUGAUACGAAUUAUUUAUGGAAUGAAUGGGUUCAAGAAUAUAAUGACAUUAUUGACAAAGACAUAAAAUUAUCAUUUUUUAAAUUCUUAAACAGGAAAAUUAUGGUUUAUAUAAGAAGUGUAAUUAUAGAAAAAUAUUUUCAACUGGGAUUCAAAUUUGAUCCAAUCACAGAAGAAACGUUUGUACCAAUAGGUCCGACUGAACUAGAAUUAGAAUUUAAAGCAAUAGAUGAAGAGCCUUCAACACCAAUACAAAUAGAAAAUUAUAAAUUGUUGUAAUAAAAUAAUUUUAUCCUAUAUUUAGAAAUUUAUGAAAUGGUUUGCAUUAAAU